AUGGCUGGACUUAUGGCUUUGGAGUUAAAUGAAAAUAAAAAAUUCAAUACGCUGGGUGCGCUUGUUGAUUUAAACUGCCUCCAAGGAAAAGAUCGGCCAACGCGGCCCCACGGGGCGGGGCUCAAUCUUCACCUUCUCUUCCCCAAAACCCUUCCAUAUAAGAACAGAACAGCUCCGAGGUCAGAGGGGUUUAACGUUUAUAUAGUCCGAACUCAAGCACAGCAACAACCAGAAAGUACUCAAACUUCUCAUCCAAAACUUGCUACCAGACCCAUCUUCAGUUUUUUCCCUUCCCCGCCAUUACGGAUUCUUCAUCUUCUUCCUGUUUCAGCUUUUAGACCCGCUACCAUCACCCUGGCUUCCACGGCUGCAUCUUUUCUCCCUUGCCCACCUGCCCACUACCACCACUGCCAUUCCUCCCCCGCCACUUCAUGCAGCAGGGUAAGAGGAAAAGGCCUGUCGCCUUCUCUUAAUGGCUCUCCUUAUGCCGCCCACAGUAGGAAGCCGACCUUAAUCUGCAGGUGCGUGCAGACCAACACCUUCGUCUCUUCCUCAUCAGAAUUCGAGGAUUCGCCUGGGUUCAAGCGGCAACUUCUUAUCGAACAGUUCUCUUCUCCUCUCCAUUGCCCUCCCUCCCUCACCCCCGUUGACGAUGAUCUCGUUCUUGGUCCCGCCACCGAUGGGUAUCUAUGGACGGCUCGUGGGGUUACCGACGUUCUGCCUGGAGAAGCCCCUCCGAGGGUUUUCCUCCUCGACCCACCUUGGCUUCCGGGGGAACUCGUGCAGGAGAGCAGAAGGCGGUUGCGGGAGAGGGAAAGAGAGAGCAGGAUGUAUAAUUUGCUGAGGAGGAGACAGGUGAAGAUGGAGACGGAAGCAUGGGAGGACGCAGCCAGGGAGUAUAGGGAGCUCAUCAAGGAGAUGUGCGAGAAGAAGCUGGCUCCCCAUCUUCCAUACGUGAAAUCUCUCUUUCUCGGCUGGUUCGAACCGUUCCGGGAUGCCAUAAGGAAGGAUCAGGAGUUCCAGGCCAAGCGAAAAAACCUAGCUGCCGCUUACGCACCGUACAUUGGCCAUCUGCCGGCAGAUAUGAUGGCGGUUAUUGUGAUGCAUAAGAUGAUGGUGCUGCUGAUGAACGGGCAGGAUGAUGGGUGCGUCCGGCUGGUUCACGCCGCCUGCCACAUUGGGGAAGCUAUCGAGCAGGAGAUCAGGAUUUAUAACUUUUUCCAGAGAACUAAGAAAUCUGCAAAGGAAAACCAUGAAGAAGAAGUAAAGAAUCAAAAGGCUCUAAGGAAACGUGUGAUGAAUUUGCUGAAACAGAGAAAAUUUCGUGAUGUGCAAUUACUGGUCGAAGAUGAAGAUCUGGAACCUUGGGGUAGAGAUGCUCAUGCUAAGUUGGGAAGCCGCCUGAUAGAUUUAUUGGUUCAAACAGCUUAUGUGCAACCUCCACUUGAUCAACUAGCAGAAGGUCCUCCUGAAAUUCGUCCUGCCUUCAUUCAUACAUUUAAAACUGUCAAGAAGGAAGCAGACAAGUCCGUCAAGAGGUAUGGAGUUAUUGAAUGCGACCCACUUGUACGUAAAGGGCUUGAUGCAACAGCAAGGCAUUUGGUUAUACCUUACAUGCCAAUGUUAAUUCGUCCAAAAAAAUGGACAGGGUAUGACAGUGGUGGGCACCUGUUCUUGCCUUCUUAUAUCAUGCGCACUCAUGGAGCAAAGCAACAGCGUGUUGCACUUAAAAGUGUUCCAAAGGACCAACUGAAGAAAGUAUCUGAGGCCCUUGAUAUUCUUGGAAGCACAAAAUGGAGGGUGAACAGAAGAGUGCUUGAUGUAGUUGAUAGCUUGUGGGCAUGUGGACAACCUCUUGCUGGCUUGGUAGAUCGCAAUGACGUUCCUUUGCCUGAGAAGCCAUGCACUGAAGAUGAAGCACAAAUGAGGCAAUGGAGGUGGAAUGUCAAAAAAGUAAAAAAGGAAAAUAGUGAGAGGCAUGCUCAGAGAUGUGAUAUUGAACUUAAACUUUCGGUGGCAAGGAAAAUGAGAAAGGAAGAUGGCUUUUAUUAUCCACAUAAUCUAGAUUUCCGAGGACGUGCCUAUCCCAUGCAUCCACACUUAAAUCAUCUUGGUUCUGAUCUUUGCCGUGGAAUUUUGGAGUUCGCUGAAGGAAAGCCACUAGGAAAAAGUGGAUUGCAUUGGUUAAAGGUACACUUGGCAAACUUGUACGGUGGCGGUGUAGACAAGCUUUCAUAUGAUGGGCGGUUGAUGUUCAUUGAGAACCACUUGGCGGAUAUAUUUGAUUCGGCAGAAAGGCCCAUUGAAGGAAGGCGUUGGUGGUUAAAUGCUGAAGAUCCAUUUCAGUGCUUGGCUGCUUGUAUUGAUCUGUCCAAUGCAUUAAAAAGCCCUUCUCCAGAAAAUGCUGUUUCACACAUUCCAGUUCAUCUGGAUGGCUCGUGCAAUGGUUUGCAGCAUUAUGCAGCUUUGGGACGAGAUAGGUUAGGGGCUGCUGCAGUAAAUCUAGUUUCUGGGGAGAAACCAGCGGAUGUUUAUUCGGGUAUAGCUGCAAGAGUUUUGGAGAUCGUUGUCAGAGAUUCUAAGAAAGAUCCCAUUGCGCAUCCAACUGCUUUACUUGCUCGUGCUUUAGUUGGUCAGGUGGACCGCAAAUUGGUUAAGCAGACUGUGAUGACUUCAGUUUAUGGGGUUACUUAUAUUGGUGCACGUGACCAGAUCAAAAGAAGAUUAAAAGAACGUGGUCUCAUUACUGAUGACAAGCUGCUAUUUAGUGCAGCUUGCUAUGCAGCAAAAGUUACACUGUCUGCAUUGGAAGAAAUGUUUCAAGCUGCACGGAGUAUUAUGUCUUGGCUUGGUGACUGUGCCAAGGUGAUUGCUUCAGAGAAUGAACCAGUAAGAUGGACCACUCCUCUUGGGCUUCCAGUUGUGCAACCGUACUGGAAACAGUCCAGGCACCUUGUUAGGACUUCACUUCAGGUUCUGGCAUUACAAAGAGAGAGUAACAAGGUUUUGGUAAAGCGGCAGAGAACUGCUUUUCCACCAAAUUUUGUUCAUUCGCUUGAUGGUUCACAUAUGAUGAUGACUGCUGUUGCUUGCAAUGAUGCAGGUUUAAACUUUGCAGGGGUGCAUGAUUCAUAUUGGACGCAUGCGUGUGAUGUUGAUGACAUGAGCCGUAUCCUCAGAUCAACGUUCGUUGAACUUUAUAGCAUGCCCAUUCUUGAGAAUUUGUUGGAGAGCUUUCAAGCAUCUUUUCCAUCUCUUGUUUUCCCUCCACUGCCAGAUAGAGGUGAUUUUGACUUGCAAGAGGUGCUUGAAUCUCCCUACUUUUUCAACUGAUUCUCUGUUUCACGAGAUCUUCAGUCUUGUGCAUAGUGUUACUUCCCCAGUGGCCUGCAUUUCAUGUCAUGGGCGGUUUCAGCGUGGAAUGUCUUUGAACGCCAACGAUGUAGCGUAAUGGUUUGGUUAUGGCAAACCUUUUGCAAACGUAACGGUAAAGCUCCGAUUGAGCUCACUUUGUGAAGCGGCAGGCGUACACACCAUACUGCAGUUCGUGCUGGAGAAUUCAUCAUGGAGGAUGAAGAUAUGUUCAUUCAACAUAAGUCCACUCACAUUCAUUCUUAUGGAAAAGUAAUGUAAUAAAAAAUAUUAUUGCUGCAUGGUCUGCAACCACGCAAUCUGUAUAAAUUCAUACGCCGCUAGCAUCUGUCACCAAAGGUGUUGCCUCGGUAAGUUGAAGGACACAAUUUGAGAUGUGUAACAGCAGCAUCCUCUUCCAUCUGUAUCUAGGCAGUCGCAGUUUUGGCUUGUAUAUUCACGAAGAAUCCAUCAGCUUUAGGGCAUCCAUUAAAUCUAGUGAUUUAUGUUGCUCACAGUGGGUGUUGAUAAAAAACACUCGUAAAAAAAAUGAUUUAAUAAAAUAUGUUUUCCCCAUUUAUCUGGGGAAAUUUA